UCAAAACGAAGAAGAAGAAGAAGAAGAAGAAGAAGGAUCAAGAGAAAAAAAUUAUCAACAUUGAUUGCAAUUUUCACAAAUUUGCUGGUGUUUUUUGAAAAUUGUUGCUUGAUUCAUAAUUCAGUGCACUUCUGGAGCCAAGUUCGUUUAAGUGGUCCCGUUGCAGGAGCUUCUUUCAGGAACCAUGGCUGGCAAUGUUGUGCGGAUGUCUCAACCCGGGACACCAGCUGCUGCAGUACAGACAAACUCCUACAUGAAGGUUUUCAUCCAGCGGGACUACAGCGAGGGCACCUCUGUCAAAUUCCAAACAAGGUUUCCUCCGGAACUGGAAAGCAGGAUCGAUCGGCACACAUUCGAGAGUACCAUGAACAAACUGAACGAGUAUUUCGCAGAGGCCGAGAAAGGCUCCUGCAGCACCUACUGUGAGGGAUGUCUAGCCUGCAUCACUGCAUAUCUAAUCUACAUCUGCACCGAAACACAUUAUGAAAAGUGUCUGCGCAAAGUCUCGAAAUACAUUGCCAUGCAGAACGAGCGUGUUUACAAUCCGAAGGGACUCCAGAUCACCGAUCCUGUCUGUCGAGGUCUGCGGGUUAUAGAGAUAUCGAUAUUGGAUCGACCCGGGCGCACGUGACUGCCACUGUCGCACUCGACGGAGGAGUUUUUUAUGUGAACCUUCACCUUAAGCAAACACUUCUGGUCCGGCGGCGGUUUCAGCGACAGUGGCUGAAGUUAAAAGCAAAACACGAAGCAUGACGACGAAAGAAUCCUUCGAUCAUUAACAAUAUAGAAAGUGAUGUUCAAAAAAAACUCGGAGGCGGAGUUAUCAGAAGGAAUGUAUUAUGGGAAGCAAAAAUACAUUACAAUAUAUCCAUACAGAUACUGCAAAACAUUCAUACACACGAUAGAGCCGUAAUUUUAAACUUCCAGAGACGAUUUCCUGUCCGUACAUUACGAUUGUCCAUAGUUAUGUGUUUUUUUUGUAAAAUAUUUUUUUAACAUACAAAUUUGAAUUGUUUGUAAUCACUUUAACUUAACCACUGAACACAGUUUGAAACACCAAAUAAGUUUUUCAAUUCACGGUGGACGUUUAAGGCAAUAAUUUAGUUUGAAAUCGAAGAUCAAUAGUUGAAUGCAAUGGUAGCUUAACGGAAUGGAACAACAACAAAACGAGAUGGAUUAUAUAUAUUUAAACUUUUGGAGCAGGGCCUGUAUCGAUAAUGCAGAAACACCUCAACUUUGAUGACUCGUAUUAACAUUGUUCGUAGAAUAAGCGUGUAAUACUGGAAAAUAGAGUUUAUAACAUUUAUUCUCUUGAAAAGUGCAUUUUAAUCAGUUAAUCAGAUCCUUCUUGCUUUCUUUAGUGGGUUUAGGGAAAGUAGCAAGUUGA